CGUCCUCGCUUGGAGCAAAUCAGAACAUAAGGGUUUUAGUUCACGAUCACCAAAACCCUCACCUCCUCGGCUCCAGCACCAACAUCGCCACGGCGUAUCAGCAUAAUGAGUCUGAUUGCUGGCUCUUAUGAAAAAUUCAUUUGGGGAUUCAAGCUUAAGCCUUUGAAGCACUCCUCCGAUCGUAGGACCCUCACUUUGACCCAGCUCUUUUCGUAUCCCUCCCACAUCGGGCCAGUCACGUGCGCCGCCGCCUGUGGCCCUGCCGCCGCUUCUGGAUCGUCCGAUGAUACCAUACACCUCUAUGAUCUUCCCUCCGCCGCUUCCCUCGGCUCCCUUCACGACCAUGCCGCCACCAUCACCUCCCUCUGCUUCUAUACCCCUCCCUCCCUCUCUUUCCCCCGCAACCUAAUUUCCGCUGCUGCAGAUGGCUCCGUUUGUAUCUUCGACGCUGACCCUUUCGUUCAUCUCACCACUCUCUGGCCCCACAAGAAGGCUGUCAAUGAUCUUGCUGUCCACCCUUCCGGCAAGCUUGCUCUGACAGUGGGCCGCGACCAGUCCUUGGCUAUGCUCAACCUGGUGAGGGGCAGGAGGAGUUUCCUUUGCAGGUUGGGCAAGGAGGCAACUUUGGUGAAGUAUGACCCGAAUGGAGAGAGUUUUUUCAUGGUUGUUGGGGACAAGAUUGGAGUACAUGUGGCUGAGGACGCAAGGUUGUUGUUUGAAUUGGAGAAUCGCAAGAAGGUUCUCUGUGCUGCUCCUGGAGAGGGUGGGCUUCUUCUUACUGGCGGCGAGGACUGUAAUAUUACAGCGUGGGACACAAAAAGUGGGAAGGCCGCAUAUUGCAUUGAAGAUGCUCAUUGUACCCGUGUGAAAGGAAUUGUUGCGCUUAGUAGGAAUGAUGGUACUGCUAACACUGAUGAUCCGUAUCUAGUGGCAUCCGCUUCAUCGGAUGGGAUUAUACGUGUUUGGGAUGUUCGUAUGGCCGUGAAGGAGAAGCCAAACCCAUUGGCCGAGGCUGAGACAAAGUCAAGACUUACUUGUUUGGCUGGAUCGUCUCUUAAAUCUAUCAAGCAGCCAAAAAUGGGCGACAGCGGAACCAAAGAGGAGUAGAAUUCCAAAAUGGAAAUUUCAUAAAAUCAUUUGGAUACUGUUUGAAAAAUGCAGCCUUGACUUACGGAUGUGUAUCCAUUAUCCAAGUUGCUGGAAAGGUUGUUGUGAAUGGGAGGGGGGCACACUCUCUCUAUCCAACAAAUCAAUUUUGACGUUGAAAGAGCCUCUUAAUUCUGAUAUAAUAUGCAUAUUUUAACUUAUUGAUAUAUAGAUGUGUUAUAGUUCUGGUUUCUUGUAA